UUAUUCAUAAUUUCACAUCACGAUCUCACUGCUGUAACUGGGCGCGGUUUUGCAACCAUGAGGUAUGGGGUAAUCUGAUUGGCUCUCAUGUCUUGGAAUUUGGCGGUAGAAAAAUCAUGGACGGGUAUAAAUACAACUCUUCAAGCAACAUAGUCAUUACGCAUUAACUACAGUUUCUCUUUGAACUUUCAGUGAAAUUAUAAUUAUUACCAUGAGCGGAAGAGGCAAGACCGGAGGGAAGGCCAGGUCCAAGGCAAAGACCCGUUCUUCCAGAGCCGGACUCCAGUUCCCCGUAGGCCGUGUCCACAGGUUGCUCCGCAAGGGCAAUUACGGUGAGCGCAUUGGGGCCGGUGCUCCCGUGUACUUGGCCGCCGUGCUUGAGUACCUGACCGCGGAGAUCCUGGAGUUGGCUGGCAACGCUGCCCGAGACAACAAGAAGACUCGCAUCAUCCCCCGCCAUCUGCAGCUGGCUGUCCGUAACGACGAGGAGUUGAGCAAACUGCUCGGCGGAGUGACCAUCGCUCAGGGAGGCGUGCUGCCCAACAUUCACGCCGUGCUUCUGCCCAAGAAGACCGCCAAGGCCCAUUAAUUUCAGCCCUCAACACUUAACAACGGCUCU